UUUUUUUUCUUUUUCUUUCUUCUUUUUAGUUUUAUUUAUUUUAUUUUAACAUGCCUAAGAAUAAAGGGAAAGGUGGUAAAAACCGAAGAAGAGGAAAGAACGAAAACGAAGAUAACAAGCGUGAACUUGAUUUCAAGGAAGAAGGCCAAGAAUAUGCUCAAGUGGUUAAAAUGCUUGGUAAUGGUCGUUUAGAAGCUCAAUGUUUUGAUGGUGUUAAACGAUUAGCUCAUAUUCGUGGCAAGAUGCGAAAAAAGGUUUGGAUUAAUCAAGGUGAUAUUAUUUUAUUGUCAUUACGUGAAUAUCAAGAUGAUAAGGCUGAUGUAAUUCAAAAGUACACUCCUGAAGAAGCUCGUCAACUUAAAUCUUAUGGUGAAUUACCUGAUACAACUAAGAUCAAUGAAAAUGAAACCUUUGGUGGUGAAGAAGAAGAUGAAAUUGAAUUUGACUUUGAUAUUGAUGAGAUCUAAAUAUAUAUAUAUAUAUAUCAUUCAUUCCCUUUUUAUUACAACUUCUUCAUCUACUUAUAUACACUUUUUUUUUCCAUCAUCAAACCUUUUUUUUUAUUAUUAUUCUUAUUAUUCUUCGUGAAAAACGUCAUACAUCCCCCCCCCAUUUUGUUUAGAUUAGUUUUUACUUACAUAUUCUCAUCACUCAUUAUUUAUCAACUGUACGUUUCUUCCGUUUUAUUAUUAUUUUAUAUAUCAUUAUAAAAUCUUGUACAUGGAAAUAAAAAAAAAUGUAUUAAAGUUUA